UUAUUUCUCAAUUGGACAGGAGACGGCGAUUUUUCUUCAUCCUACCGAUUUCUGCUCUUGUUUUGCCAUGGGCUUAAUGUAGGGACGAGUCAAUCUGAUUCGGAUCUGUUCUAUUGCGUCCCGCGGUGAAUGGAGCCUGGAUGUAUGUGCUAUAUGACAGUAAGUGCGUCUUUGAGUGAGUGAGUGAGUGCAACCGUGUCGAGUUGUACCAUGCCAUGCCAUUGAGCGUUGCCGGCUGCAUUGCCUCAAUCAACGGCGACCGCACCGAUGGAUUCUCACUCAGGAAGGCCCUCGAGAAGGACUUGUGCCAGAGGUCCAUUCAGGACCUGGAGAUCAUCUAUGGAAACUUGCGCACUAUUCAGGCCCUGUCGUCGUUGCGUGAGCCGUCUCUGAGAUCCCUGUGCAAGGCAGUUCGAUACGAGCGACACGAAGCCAACGACAUUUUGUAUUGUCGUGGGGAGCUGAGCACGUGCUGGUACAUCCUGCUGUCGGGUUCCGUUUUCAUUGACGGCUGCAUGUACUUGCCACGAGCCAGUUUUGGAAAGCGAUCGGGGAGCAGUGGGAGGAGACCGAACGAGUGCUUGAUUCUGGAGUCGUCGGAAAUGCUUGUGCUCGGGUCCUUUGAAAUCAUUCAUUCUGAAGGAGCAGCGGUCUUCUCAUCCGCGGCAUUUAAACGCUUCACCAAGGCAAACCAAAUGGAAGUGCACAUCGCACAACCAUACCACCCAGAGGGCAAUGGCGCUUGCGAGCGGACAAUCAAGUCCCUAACAGCCAUCCUCGCCAAAACGGCGCCAAGCGCUACCACAUGGGACCAAGUCCUGUACAAAGCCACCAUGGCAUACAACCGUACGCCUCACUCCACCACGGGGUUGUCUCCACUCGAGCUAUGGCACAAAAAACCAAUGCUGACGCAGGCCAACAUCAAGUUCAAAGCCCCGCCCAGGGAUAUUUCGGCUCAACUGGAGGUGGUACAACAAACCGCCCAACGCCAACGACAAAGAUCGCCCUCACUUCUGCCUUGCGAACGAGACCAACAACAAGACCGAUCACCAGCACGACUGGCACGGGCCAACCUACCCCGCCGAUCACCUGAGCGACAACGUGAACGCGACCGACCAGAGCGACAGCCACAACCGCGCCGCCCAAGGCGCGCCAGCUCCCCGCGGGAGCUCUUCAUCACACGAACAUGGGAGCAACCACGACGCCCACCGCCGGACAGACCAUCUUCCACGCAGCCCCACCAGGAUGCUGCCGUCCCCCGUGUCCAGCGAGGAACUUCUGCUACCCGAGAGCGUUGCCGAACCCCCGUCGCCACAACCGCAACCCGACGUCACAGCAGCAAGAAGCGCCGCUGGUUCCAGCUCUCCCCAUCUCCAUCCUCGACAUCAUCAUUGGCUGCAGAAGAGGAAACGGACGUCAAGCUGCCAAGCGCCACGCUCGUGCAACCACUCAGUGGACAUGGGCCCCUCACCGACGAGGACUAA